AUGUCAUCUCAUCUUCAAACAUCCCCAGGGGCCCAGCGAUCCAAAAAGCUGCCCGCCGUCGCUCACCAGGUGCCCGGGUCUGAUCUCGACAUGGCCUCCAAUGACGACAUGCUGCUAAGCGCGUUUGAUCUGACCAUCCUCCCGAUUUUUGGGGAGAAAGUGGGACGUUCGCAUGCAGAAGCUCCCGGUCGUUAUCAGCACCAGCAUCGAUCGGGCACGUACUGCGGCCAAUGGGCGCAUGCAUACGAGCACCAGGUCCGGUGGAACCUGUACUUGGCGACCAGCACAGCACAGCCUUAUCCUGGCAACAUGCGGUCGGCAGCAAUGGUCAUCUCACCUGCCAUUAAUGCAUGGCUAUUAUUUACCGUCAUUGUCAGCACGAAGCCUUUUUCUCCUUCGUCUUGCCUACUUACGGCACCUCCAUCUAUAUUCGGCAUCUCGACAGGGACGACGAAUGCCUCCAUCUCAGCGCACCCCAUCUACCCUGUCUGGGGUAUGCUUAUUGUCCACUAA